AGGAGUGUCUGGUGCCCCCGCCCCUCGCCCCUCGGAGCGAGUGACUGGGCGCCGAUGUCCCCUCCCUCCCUCCUCCCAUCCCCUCCCUCGCCCUCUCCCCGCCAGCGCCCGCUCGCUCCCUGCCCACUCCCGGGGGACGCUCCGUGCCGGCCGCCGCUUCUUUCACACUUUAGUUGGGAGCCGCGCCGCGCUCAGUGACUGGAGAGCUGGCCGCGCGCCGCCGCCUCCCGCACGCACGCACGCGGGCCGGCGCCGGGGCUUUGGGCUGGGACUCCGAGCCGCGGGGAGGGGGCCCGGACCUUGUGGGGAGCAGGAGGAAGAGGAGCAGGAGGGAGGAAGAGCGGAGGCGAGGAGGACUGGGGGGCGGGGGGCUCGCCACCUUCGGCCCCCCGCGAGCGCCCAAGGUGCACUCCUCUUGACCGACUCAACAGCGAGUUGAAUUUUCUUUGUGUUUAAAGAAGCAAACAAUGUCCUGGUGUCUGUAGAGAUGAUUUGCAGUUCAGCCCAGCUGAAGCUGACCGAAUGAGACUAUGGGCUGUGCCUCCGCCAAGCAUGUUGCCACUGUUCAAAAUGAAGAGGAAGCCCAGAAAGGGAAAAACUACCAGAACGGAGAUGUGUUUGGCGAUGAGUAUAGGAUCAAACCAGUGGAAGAGGUCAAAUACAUGAAAAAUGGGGCCGAAGAAGAGCAGAAGAUAGCAGCCAGGAACCAAGAAAACUUGGAAAAAAGUGCCAGCUCAAAUGUAAGACUUAAAACUAAUAAAGAGAUUCCUGGAUUAGUUCAUCAACCCAGAGCAAACAUGCACAUUUCUGAAAGCCAACAAGAAUUCUUCAGAAUGCUGGAUGAAAAAAUUGAAAAGGGUCGGGAUUACUGUUCUGAAGAAGAGGAUAUCACAUAGCACCAAUUCUAUCACUCAGACCAGAAGCAACUACUGUGUAAAUAGGUUACACCCCAGUUGAAAUCUUUGCAAAGGUCGGUUCUCUUCAACGAACAGCACUAUAGCAAAAGAAGAUCGUUUCAUAUCGUAUGCCCCAUUAAAUUACAGUGUUUCUUAAUGAACUUGCAAAGGAAUAUUGCUAAAAACAAACAAAAAACUGUUAUCGAACUUUCUUUGUUGCUGCUAGUUAAAACUUGUUGCAACUUUUCACUUCUCUUGUGUCCAGGUAUGCAGCAAAAUUCUGCAAUCUCACCUUAAAGAUACUAUUGGUUUUACAGAUGCUCUUCAACCUAUUUUCUAUAAGAUGAAGUAGUGGUGAACUCAGAUAUCAAACUUCUAUUCUAGACCAGUUCUGCUUCUAAGUCAAGCAUUUCUUUCCCUCUCUCUUUCCUCCCAAGCCAUCCAGAGACAGCCUGGGCCCUAUUUGUCACUGGCAUUGUUGAACUUUGGAAACGGGAUGGUUGCUUUGGCCAGCCUUGUUUCUCUGCUCUGAAGAAGUAGAGGAGCUAUUAUCAAUUAAAAGCAUGGUGUGACUUGACUCCUGGAAGUGACAUAGGAGCGAGCAGCAGGUUGUUCCGUCUAAUAGGUACCUUAAUCAAGGAUUAAGCUUGCAACAUUGGCUUUGCUCAGAUGCAGAUGGAAGUGUGAUUACAAUCAUUUUGAAUCCCUCUGCCACACUUUUUUUUCUAAAAAAUAAACAUUUUACUGUUUUUAUGUAUCUUUGUCUUCUCCCAUUCAUCCAGCUCAGUGUUUUAAGGUGAUCUUGGUUGUAGAAGUUGAGCCCUUCUUUGCAGUGACACUGAUGAGUGGCCUUAAGUGGCUCCCCACUCUUCCCUUAAUCUGCCAAGGUUCAGAAGGGCUGUGAAUGGUCAGAAAAGAUGAGGGAGCACCCUAUGACCUUUUAGGGGGAUCUGAAGCCACAAUGUCUUUCAUUUUGUUAGAAAAUAAAGCAUCCUGUUUUGUGAUUCUCUCCCUGCACUAUGCUACAUGAGCCUUGCCACUUCCUUCUCUUCUUACUUCCAGCACUGGAUAGUAUGGUGAAAAGCAUUUGCCUACCCAAAAAACAUGGGACAUUUACACUGGUGACGAUAUUUGGAGAUGUGAAAGCCAAAAGCCCCUGGCAGUGGUGGGGAAUGUUGACUGUGUGUUCAGUAGAGUUUAUUUUUCCAUGCUAUAUGAAGAGAAUGAUCUCUUCUCAAAGACAGAAGUAAUAUUUUUAACAAAUAUUGUCUUGCAAGUAAAUAGCAAUCAAAAGGAGAAAAUAACUUUUGUAUUUUUUUAACAUGUUUGAUAGCUUUGAUGAGGGUUCUUUUUGUUACUUCAGGGGAAGGCACCCUAUUAAAUGCCAUGCCAGCAGCCCAGGUUUGAGUUUGUCCCACAAAAAUACAGAAGGAGCCCUGCGUGUUUCUCUUUUUGGGUUGUGAACUUCAAGGGCCUCCAUUCCAUCAGCCGUACUACUACCUUUCAAAGGUGGGUAGUUAAGAAGGUGGGUGGUUAAGAUGUUGAGAGGGGAGGUUCUCAAGCUAUCACCUGCCACAAAAUGGGAUAAGGACCUAAAUGUGCUCUUGCCGAAAUGAACCUUGACUUUUAAAUCCAUCCACAAAAUUGGUGGCACCACUGACAUGCUAAAAGUGAGAUCCCUUAUCUCCUGUCAGACCUGGGGCAGCAAGAGUGAGGGGAAGGAGCUCAGUCAAGUGCUGUAGAAAAUGGACUCAAAUUUGUUAGCAACAAAAUCUCUUAAUUCUUGCAGCCAGCAGAAGCUAUUUUGGGGAGCAGCUGUGGUUGUUACAUAAAUAGAGAUGCAGCCAAAAUGUAAGGCUUUUUAUCCUGCUUCAGGCAGAAAAAUGCAGGAAGAGUCAAGUAGUCUAGGGUUUUAAGUUCCCUCCCCCUGUAUGGUUUUGGCCAAGUGAUGAAAAUAGUUUUUCUCAACUGUAAACGAACUGCUAAGCCCCACCUCAAACUUGUUCACUGGGGACUUUGUUCACUGUUAUGUGGAUGACCUUGUCCAGGAUCUCGUGUUCUUAUCGAGCAAGAAUGAAGCAAAUGUUAACGUCUUCCAUUUGACUACUCGGUGUCUCAGACAGUGUCUUCCCAGGCAGUCACCAUCCUCUACCCAGAGAUGAAACAUGCUCACAUCAUUUUCCUCACAGUCACGCUUAACAUUUUGACAUGUUACACGUGUACACAGAACCAAGUGUUUCUCAGGACCUGACUUUUGAGUGUUUAAUAAAACCAUAAGAGUUAUUCCCACAAACCAGCAGCUUUUCAUCUGGAGUUCUAUCUCCCGUGUUUAACACUGGAUACAUCUUUGCUGUGCAAAAGUGAUUUCCUCUUCAGACACUUUUCUAGAAACACAUCUGAGAAAUGGGGUGAUUGAGUGGGUUGGCAUGAAGUGCUUAAUUAUAUUAACACUCAAAGCUGUCUGUUUCCCAUUUGUUGGCUUUAAUCAUAAAGUUGUCAAGUGAUUUGUGUUUGUACUUUUUUUAAUACCUUCUGAAAGGAUCUAGGGCAAAAAUACCUUCCCCUUUUCUCACUCUGUGUAUCCAAACAUUAUGCAGAUUGUCUCAGAUGCAGUGAAAAGAAUACUCCAUUGUACACGCUGGUACAUUCUGCUAGUUGUCAUCUCUGUAGGACACAGUUGGAAGGAGGGAAGGAAGUCUGGUGAAUGGAGGAAGAAAAAUAGUGAGAAACAGACUAAGAAGCAGUCAGCAGAGAGGAUUGCUAUGCUGACUGUGUGCCAGGAUGACUGGAAAUCCAGCUGCCUGGUGGCCAGUGGGUGGGGCUGAGCUGCCAACAAGAUUUACAGCUGGAUUACAUAUGCCUUAUGUACUUUUAGUGGUAGAGUUGUAAAAGUUCAGCGGUGUGUGCACAGCUUUCUUUUGGUUGACAGAGAUUCAGGAUCAUGGAGUUCUGCACUCACAAUGCAAUACGUGUUCCUUACUGGCAGACAACCUUAAAAGAGGCUUUCACCUUCAAGAUUCCUCCUCGCCCCAGGCUUAUGCAGUGAGCAUAGAGUGGUGCUAUGGUCUAUUGAGGGACCAGGAAGGUACAAAGUCCAGUGACAGAAAACUAGAUCAGCCCUCAGAAACAGCGGAGCCACACAGCAACUGGGUGGGUGGCAGGUCUCUCCCUGUCUGCUGUGCCUGUGAUCUGAGACUGGCCUUGGAUGAUUCAAAUAUGAAAUGACCUGACCCCAAAGUGGCCUUGGUUCUUAACCCCUGUCUCUGCCCUAGCACCCGCCUGCUCCCUGGUGUCAAGUAAGAAAGCACCUCUGUGUCACAGACACACCCAGGCAUCGGAAGUGACCAGGCCAGCAAGCUGACGGUCCUAGCAGCAGGCCCAGGGAUGACAGAACCCACUUUGUGGUCCCAGUUGAUGUCAUCCAACUUUGAGUUAUAACUCUGUCUUCCUCCCAUCCUCAUCACUGCUUUUUUUCUAUUAAGACAAGACUGUCCUGUAAGCCUGCUGAAAACAGAAAUUAUACCUCUUAUGAAUUUUACCUCAGUAGCCUGUGAUGUAGGUUGGCCUAUUGAUUAUAAGUCCUACUUACCCAUUGGACAAGAAUUUAAAAGUGUUCCAUCUCUAUUAGUCAAGAAAUUUGGUUAAAUAUGUUGGUUUUGUAGGAAGAAAAAUUAAUUCUUAAUCCAGGAAAAUACUGACUCAGAAUCUUGGACUCUGGGACUCUAAUAUUUUCUUUAUGAAGAGCAAAACAACUGGUAUCUAAGGUUCUCUACCCCUCCCUCAAAAAAGAAAAAAAAGAGUAUUAGAUUGAACUCUGUAAUUUUACAUAAAAUCCACUUUCCAUCCUUUUCCUCCAGAAGGCAUUCUCAGAGCUUUAUUUCUUUGUACCUCUUAGAAAUUGGUCUUUUUGUUAAGUUGCUUAAAACCCCAGUAGAAAAAAAGGGGGACAUGGUUGGUGAAUAGGGAAUAUAUAUUUAAAGGCAUAAUGAAAACUUUGGCUUCCCAGUGUCAUGGGUGGAUUACUGGACCCCAGUGUGCCUAUAUAAAGCUGGAUAAGGCAAUUGGCUUUGAUACUGCAAAGAGCCCUACACUAAAUCUUCUGGAAUGUCAUGAACAAGGUCUGUGAAUUGCCUUCUGCCAAUGAACAGAUGUGUUUUUCCAAGGGGGAAAAAUGUCUUUGACUUCAGCAGUCACUUUUUUUAUACGUCUCUGGAAAAGGGUUACAAAGCUAUGGUACAAAAUGAGAUUUGUGAGUAAAUAUAUUUACCUUUGUGACAAUGUUGGGACUUAAUAAUGAUGCUGUGGUUUUCAGCAGACUCAUACUUUACCUGGGAUCAAGUCCAAUCUUGGAAGAAACAGGGGAAAAGAACUGAUGUUUAUUAUUUGUACUCUGUGCCAGCUACUGUCCAAGACAUUUUAUAAUUGUUUUGUGUAAUUCUCACAAUAGAUCUGCAAAGUGGAUUAUUACCCCUGUGUUCUAAAUAGUGUAUAUCUUAAGUGUUGAAUGCAUCUAUCCAACAAAAACAUCCAUGUGGAAUGAAGGAAAGAUGCCAUUCAAAUAUUUUCUAAUUUUUUAUUAUUAUUAUUAUUAAACAUUAUUAUUAUUACCAUGCCCCUUGCAACACUGUGAAAACACCCUCUGGGGUAACUACCAGGUUCUCUCCUUGGCUCCUCUUCGUUUUACAUGGAGAGUGUUUUAUCUGAUGAGCUGCACACAAACCAGGAGAGGCUGCAGUAGGACUUCUUCACUCAAAGGGAAAAGGUUUGGGGAAUUUAAUCACCUGGGUCUCCCACCCCUCGAGUCCUUUCAGUUUGGGGAAAGGAAGCUGGUACUUCUGCAGUUAGAUACUGAAUCAGGCUGCUGAUGGCUGUGAUUUCUUGCCUGCAUUUUUAAGGCUUGUGGUUUCAGCACAGGCUGGCUGCAUCUUUGUAAGGUUAGAAGCCUCCACCUGAAGCAAGGUUGAGAGAAUCUGAUCUCUGGAAGUGGAGGGCAAACAGUACCUAGACCUUUAAUCUCUAUUGAAAUCCUUUCUUGUGGCUAGAAUUGGAUAUUUCAUUUUGAUCACUGGGCUAAAGGUCUGUAUUUUCCUGGCUCAUUUUGAGCACAAAACUAAAUAGAAUCUCUUCAAGAUCUUAAAAAUUUUUGGAUAGUCAUGCAGUGACUUUGCUAGUCAUAUAAAUAACUUGAUCCAAAAUCAGAAGACCCCUGAGUUUUCUGUGCUUGCUUCUUAAGGCACAUUGUGUAGGAAAAAAAAAAAAAAAAAAGAUUCAUAUCUCCAUAGCAACUGUUUAAGGCGCUGCAUGGAAGGGACCCACAUUCACCCUAAUUUACUCAGCUUGAAUCAAAAGAAAAAUUGAAUAGAGGGGGUAAUAUGUUCAGUUUCCCUAUGAAAUCUGUUCCAAAGAUCAUGAUUAUUUGUAACCUGGCAACUUCCAAACUCCUUGAAGAUGAUGUAGGAAAUGGCUCUUACCUCUUGGAAGCCAGAAAAAUUACCCUAAUUCAGGAACACCUCCCCCAAUCUGAAGGUCCCAUAUUGCCUAUCAGAUAUUGAGUCAGAUAUUAUCUAUCUUCUGCACCCUGAAUUCACUCCUCUCCCCUUCCUAGGGGUUAUUUUUAGACCAAGGUUUUGAACUCGAUUAAGUCUUAGGGUACCAAGAACACCAUUUACUCAGCCAGAAUGCCUUAAGUGCCCCAGGGUUAAAAAUAGCAUUAGAACCUUGGGGAGCCACUUGGCCCAGACCCAGCAGUAAGAGAGCAGCCCUGGUGUCCAGGCAUUUCAAUCUAGCCUUCAGAGAAUCAUCUCUCUUCACAGGCAAGUGAGCAAGGGAAGUUUGGCAGAAGAUUCUAAGCCAGAUUUUCCAUUCAAAACAAGAUGUAAAUUCAUAAAAAUUACUAUUUUCCUGAACCAGGCAGCUGAAUUAUUAGGACUUCAAAUUCGGAUCCAUUUUCAACACACACAAACACACACACACACACACAUGCAGUGGCUAAAGAGAAUAUAAAUACUUUAUCAUCCACAGACUUGAAGAAAGGGUUAUAUUUUGCCUUUCUGCAAACUCUAUAAUAAUAUAGUAACUAUAAUAAUACCACAAGAGGAAAAGCUAGUGAUUGCUCUUGCAAAGGUCUGAGUUAGACACAUGUGGGAACAUUGGGCCUGCUGCUGUUCUUGCCAGCACAAGGCCUUCUUGCCAGAUGUUCACAUUUGUGUGACUCCCUUGGGACUCUUGCUGGGUAUUGUGCUCAUGUCCUUCUUCAGCGUGCACUGCACAAAGGACACAUCCCUGAGGGUGCAUGCCAGGUCCAGCCACAUACAGCCAUAUUGUUGUUUGCACACUCCUCCACUCGUCCAUGUGGCCCAGACUGGCAUUUCAUUAGCUCCCCUGGAAUACUUUGACAUCAGUGCAUGGAACUGGGGUCCUUUCAUCUAGGUUGUCCCAGGUGUAGCAUUUUUAGCACUGCCCUUCCCAGUCUUGAGGACUCAUUCAAACAACAGACCAUUUAUGGACACCUGGUACACUUUAGGUACUGAGCUCAUCAUCAGCAAUACACCGUUGAACCAAACAUAGCUCCCACCUUCAUUAGGGGCCUACCAGUAGUGAGGGGACAGGCCCUGAAGGGCCACUGUAGGGAAGUGCCCUGGGUGCUGUGGUAGGAGCAUUUUGUAGAGGCAGCCAGCACAGCUCUGGGAAUCAGGCCUCCAGAAAGCAGUGCCAUCAAAGCCCACCUUUGUCAGAGAACUGAAGGAGCAUUGCAAACAGCCUUCCAGGGUGAAGGGACAGCAGGGAUAGUGAGCACUGCCCAGGGCCAGCAUGCAGAGGGGGGCUGGCGCUCAGAGGUGACGAGGGAGGAGGGGAGAGCAAGAGGCAAGGACAGGGCAGUGAGCUGAGGCAGCCACAGAGGGCUCUGAGGUUUUGCUGUGCAUUCAGGGUGCAUAAAGAAGAGCUUCAGGCUCUGCUCUGCCCUGUGCAGUCCACGGCACGGGUCCCUCAGACCUAUGUGUAGUCACCCUCAGGCCCGGGCUGCCCUCCUCUCUGGGAAUGCACAGUAGCUUGCUGAGAUGAUGUAUUCCUGUCUUCUGGCCCCUCCCCACGCCAGCUCCUCUUCCUGUCUCCAAAGCUGUUUAAGUUCAAGGGCUUGAGCCUCGACUGGAUGUGGUUCAGAGUCAGAUGGAGGACAGUGCUGGGUCAUCCUGACCUGACCUGACUUUAUAGAACUAAAAAUACCUCCUGGGGCCAGCUGGCCUGUACCCAGGGAUGAGGGUGUACCCUAAACACACAGGAAGUGGCAGAAGGCUUCUGAUGCUAACCAGAGGCAGCUGCCCUCUGGGGGAGGUGACAUGCCACCUGUUGCACACCUGAGUCCCGCAAAGAAAGCAGACAGUUUAAACCCUUAAAAGCACAGAUGAACUGCAUACAAGUGGAAAAUACCCACAAGCGUAGAUAGUUGCUGAGGACCUCGUGAGUACUGUCAGAGCUCAGCUAGGGUGAGCCAGGGAAAGCCUCAAGACAGCAGACUCCCUCUAUAAAAAACAAUUUGCAGUGCCUUUUAGGUUUUCCAAAGAGCAAAGUGGGGAUUUUCUUUGUUUGUUGUUUUGUUUUGCUUGUUUUUGUUUUCCUGAAAAAAAAAAAAAAACUUUUAGGCAGAAGCAGAGUUAGAUGCAUCAGAAUACUAGCUGUAAGUCAGCACAGUCUCUAGAAACCCAAGAAAUGGCUCAAAUGGGAGACAGUUCCUCUGAGAGGCUGGAGGAAUUUGAGGCUGGAGCAGUUUUCCCAGUUGAGUGGCUCUGGACCUCUGCUCAGGGGUCCCAGGCGAGCCCUGCUGCUCCUUGGGGCUGGCCUCUUUGGCAAGACCCCAGCAACACUGGCCUCCCCACCCUCAGAAUGAUUCUGCCCAACACGCUUUCUUUUCCCAGAUAGUCCUCUGGCUCCUCACUAAAGAGUUUUUAAUUCUGGGUCUUGUGAUUCUUAGUCAAGUGUCCCCCAGGGCUAGGUCUAGGCAUACACAUUAGAAUUCCGCCCAUGGCAGACUUAAUGCUGGAAACCAAGAGUCUUUGGUCUCACUCACCCACUUUAAAUUUAGGGCACCAUCUCCCCAUUUUAUUUCCUGGCACACUUCCCACUCACCUUCAUCUCAUUGCCAGGAAAGGAUCAAAUUGCCUCCAUGCCAGUUGUCACUGGCUGCAUAUUUGCUGCUCUUCCCGAGGUAUUUGCAUUUUAUUUAGGAACAGGACCUUACAUUCAAGGAAAAUCUAGCAGCAGGACUAGGAGUCAUCAGCUCUCAGUAGGGUCUGGCAGGUAUCCUGGGCCUUGCGCAUCUGAGCACCUCCAAAUUCGUUCUGAGUGGGCAAGAGAGGCUGUAAGGCAGGCCCCCACACACACACUGCUGCCCGUGAACUCUAAAGCAGUGGGUGCCCAUCUGUUUCCACUGCACAUGGCCAUCAGCAAAACCUUUGUGAGAUGCACCCUCCUGGAUGCUCAUUGAUUUGCUUAAAGCAUAUAUCCAUUUACUCUUACAGUAAUCUUUAGCACAUUAGAAAGAGGAGUACACAGCAUAGAAAUUUCAAAUGACUAAGACCCAAGCCAUUAUAAAUAGGUUCUAAUAUUUUCUCUCUGAACUCCUGAGGGUGACUUUGGGUACCUCUUGGUCAACUCCUGGUCAAAAUCACAUAGAACAGCACUGCUUCUGUGCAAAUCAGCACCUCGAUGGCAUCCCCAACCACUGUGUGGCCCUGGGCCUGUGGAAUAAGAAAACCCUAAGGCAGAAUCCCUGGGAGCUUCUGAACUGGGAAAUGAGGCAAAAGAACUCACAACUACAUGAAUUUUAAGUAAUUCAGAACCCCAGCAGAUGAGCUGUCCCAAGACAGUAGUGGCUACAGGUGCUAAGACCAGGUCAGAUCCACAUACACAGCCAUGGGAUUGUUCUUCCCUCUCUGGGUCUCCAGAAAAAGGGCAUUGGCAAUAUCCCCAGCUCUCUCCUGAUUGGAAUUCUGUGAACCCUCAAAGUGCUUCACCAGUGCUACUCCCCAUGGCACCAUGGACCCAUGUGGCUUGAAUAUUAUUUUUGAUUUGACCACCAAGAUGUUAUAGUGAUGAUUCUGUUCCAUUUUGAAAAGGGUCUGAGAAAGUGUACAGGUCUAAUUAUAUAUACAUAUUUAUACAUGUGUAUUUUUGUUUAUUGUUACAUUUUGACAUUGGACUUUCUAUUAAAUAAUUUUUAACAGUUGA